AUGGAAGUCGUUCUUGAGCCUGUCGUCUCCGAACUCUUUAACGGGUUGUUUAAGAUAUUGGGGUCCAAUGAAGUGCGGGACUUUGCCCGGCAACUUGUUGGAGGAGUAGAUUCAGAGAUCAAAGUGCUGGAGAACAAGUUGACACACAUUAGAAAUCUUCUUCGCAGUAUGGAAGACAAGCAACUGUCGGAUGAUGGCGUAAAGAACUGGUUUGACAAUCUUCAACUGUGGGCUUAUGAUGCUGAGGACUUACUGGAUGAGUUUGCCUACGAAGCUUUGCUACACAAACGCAAGGCAGAACACCAGGCUAGCUCCAGCAGAGGAUUUAGCUGUCUCCCUGCUUCUUUCUCUAGUCCUUUGUUCGCUGUCCAGAUGGGGUCCAAGAUCAAAAGAAUCAAUAGCCGGUUGGAACAACUCUGUGGGAAAAGAUCAGAAGAACUUAAGUUGCUGGAGCUUUCUAGACUGCCACCAACUAACGUCUCUGCACCGCAAAAACCAGGGGAAACUUCAAGCGUCCCACCUGAACAAGUUGUUUAUGGCAGAAAUGAAGAUGAAGCCGAACUAUUGAAAAUGGUGAAAAGCGGUACCAACUUUCAAGUGAUAGCAGUUGUCGGCAUGGGAGGGAUCGGCAAAACGACAAUUGCUCGGGUUGUGUACAACCACAAGGAGUUGGAAGAUUUCAAGUUUGAGAAAAAAGCGUGGGUGUGUGUUUCAACCACAACCACCUUUGACGUUCUCAAAAUCUAA